AUGGCGGACUCCACGAUGUCCGAUGCGGACAAGAUCCGCAUGAAGCGUCUCGCGAAGCUGGGCGGCCCUUCUACAAGCAACAACACCACACCUGCAGCAGGAGCAUCAAGCGGCGACGCCUCUGCACCCAAAGAUGCCACCUCUCCUCCAGCGCAGAAGGCCGAGACGCCUUCUUCCACCACUCAAAACCCCUUCUCGCAAUUAGGAAUGUCAGAUGGUCAAGCAGACCAGCAGGAGAAGAAGACGGCGCCACAGAUCAAGGUCAGCCCUAGGCAGGCGUCACCGGCGAAGAGAGAACGUGAUGGGUCGGAGAAGCCUCGCGCGAAGCCGACAGAGAGCUUAGAGACGUGGCAAGAUCGGAACUUGCGCCAGAUCUUCAGACUGACGCUCAAGCCUGAUGAAUCGAGAGACAUAUCUGGACAUGAGCUGGUGUUUCUUGCGAGUACAAGAGAAGAUCUGGUGGACAACAAGGCGGCUAUUCAGCUGAACACCGAGGUACUGGAGGGUGCGAUCACCGAAGCUGCCAGUCAAGCACCAGGUGGCAAGCCGUUCGAAUACCUCUUGGGAUGCUUCAAGCGGGUGUCACGCGCCAUCAGAGGUACAAAGUUCUCCGGCCCGGAAGAUCCGAAGCACGAUGUUCUCAGGGAGACACGGAGGCUGUGUAUGAGCUACUGCGUGUUCGCCAUCACGAUGCCGGAGAUGUUUGGAGAGCACGUACCGACCUCCAAUCCUCUGGUGGACCAUCUCUUGGCUGACCCAGAAUGCGACCUUGGAAUCUGUACUGACUUCCUCACUGAAGCUAGCAGUCGAUUUGAGGAGGACGAUACAAUCAAGGAGGCUAUUGUGGGCGCGGCAGAAGAGCUCAGUCGGCAAUUGUCACAGAAGAACAUGCUGCAGGACUACCAGAAUUACGUGCGGGGCCUCCGUAAUCUGCUGCGGUUCCCGAAGAUUGUCGACGCCGUCACAGAAUCACCGAUGUGGACACCGGAAGGAGUGGAGCCGCAGGACAUCGAAACCAAGACGCUGCUAGGACCUUUCUUCCGCUUGUCGCCUAUGCAGAGCGAAGUCUCGCAGAGCUACUUUUCAGCACCCAAGACGCGCGAUCGAACCUUCAUCAAGAACGCUCAGGAUGCAGUACGGAUGUCACUUCGAACACACCAGACAGAGCUCUUCCAGAUGUCAGAUACAGUUGUUCGAGCUGGUCCGAAACAACGAGAGCGCAUUCUCAACUGGUUUGCGCUUUGUGUGAACAAGAACCACAAGAAGCGUGCCAUGCGUGUCGACUACAAGACGGUUUCAAGCGACGGAUUCAUGGUGAAUGUGACUAGUGUUCUUGACCAGCUGUGCGAGCCUUUUAUGGAUGCGCGAUUCAGCAAGGUUGAUCGCAUUGAUCCGAACUACCUGAAGCGAGAUCCGAGAGUCGACGUUUCGGAUGAGACGAAGAUCAAUGCGGAUCAGAAGGCUGCGGAUGAGUUCUAUUCGAGCAACAAGGCUGAGGGCACAAGCAACUUCAUUUCAGAGGUGUUCUUCUUGACGGUCGCGGCGCAUCACUACGGCACCGAGGCAGCGCAGACGCGGAUGGGGUCCAUGAAGAAGUCGGCUCAGCGGAUGGAGAAGGACUUGGAGCAGUUCGAGUCUGAGAGGCACAAGUUUGUCAAUGAUCCUCGAUAUCUAGCGCGAUUCGAAGAACAUGCCAGCCGGAUCAAGAAGCAAAUUGACAGCAUGUGGAGCACCAUACACGCAACAAACGGCGUGCUGCUCGACGACCUGGCUCAAGCACGAAGCAUGCAAUUCAUGCGAUACGUCAUUGUUUGGCUACUGCGCCUCGCCGCUGGGCAGAACCUCCCUGCCGAGCCUCUCCGUAUUCCUUUGUCGGAUGAAGAGCCUGAGAUCUUCAAAGUCUUGCCGGAGUACUUCUUGGAGGGCAUCACCGACAACUUCAAAUUCAUCACAGGCAACAUUCCGUGGAUUCUUACGCCUCAGCAGUGCGAGGAGAUUGUGCAGAUCUGCAUCACAUUCUUGCGGCACAGCGAGUACGUCAAGAAUCCUGGUGUGAAGUCUGGACUCGUCACCAUCCUCUACUACGGCUGCCAGCACUUCGGGAACCGGCCAAAGGGUGUGUUGGGCGACUUACUGAUGGGCUCCGAGUUCGCCAACAAGCACCUGCUGCAUGCUUUGAUGAAAUUCUACAUCGAAGCUGAAUCCACGGGCACCCACACGCAGUUCUUCGACAAGUUCACCAUCCGAUAUGAGAUCUUCCAGGUCAUUAAGUGUAUCUGGCCGAACACGCUCUAUCGCGACAACCUGGCCAAAGAGGCUCGCGUCAACACAGACUUCUUCGUGCAGUUCGUCAACAUGCUGGUCAACGACGUGACAUUCGUGCUCGACGAGUCACUCUCAGCUUUCGUCAAGAUCCAUGACCUCACUCAAGAAGUCAACAGCGAAGCCUUCAUGUCCACGCUUUCCGACGAGCAGAAGAAGGAGAAGACCGAUCAGCUCGAAGACGAGAAGGGCAGAGCGAAGAGCUACAUGGGCUUGACCCGCGAGACGAUGGAGAUGCUGAUCCUCUUCUCCGAGUCGUUAGCAGACUCCUUCACCAUGCCCGAAAUCGUCACUCGUCUGGCAGACAUGCUCGACUACAACCUCGAAACCAUGGUCGGCCCCAAGUCUGCCAAUCUCAAGGUCGAGAACAUGCAAGAGUACGGCUUCAACCCUGGCGCGCUUCUAUCCGACAUCAUGUCCGUCUACUGCAAUCUCUCCGGCAAAGACAACUUCAUCCACGCCAUCGCUCGCGACCAACGCAGCUACAAAGCCGCCAACUUCACCCAAGCCGCGCGAAUCAUGAACAAACGCCGUCUCAAAUCUCCCGGAGAGAUCCGCACAUGGGAGACGCUGGGCCAGAAAGUCGCAGAGGCGAAGGCAGCGGAAGAGGAAGAGGAGCAGGAUCUCGGCGAGCCGCCGGAUGAGUUUGUUGAUCCGUUGAUGGCGGAUCUGAUGAACGAUCCGGUGAUUCUGCCGACGAGCAAGGCGGUGAUGGAUCGGAGUACGAUUCGCAGUCAUUUGUUGAGCGAUCCGACGGAUCCGUUUAACAGGAUGCCUUUGAAGAUUGAGCAGGUGAUUGCGGAUACGGAGUUGAAGGGCAAGAUUGAGGCGUGGAAGGCUGAGAGGAAGGCGGCGAGGAAGGCGGAGAAGGAGGGGAAGAUGGAUACUAGUGAGGGUUGA